AUGCGCUUUCGGGCUAAGAUCGUGGAUCUCGCCUGCCUCAACCACUUCAGCCGUGUAAUUAACACAAUCGCCAAGUUAGCCAAGACCUGCACUCUGCGCCUCACUGUCAGCAAGCUGUAUUUCAUCCUCUCCGAUAAAGUAGCAAAUGGAGGUGUCAGUAUGUGGUGUGAGCUGUGCCAGGGGAAUUUCUUCGACGAAUAUCAGAUGGAAGGAGCAGCUACAGAGCACAAUGAAAUCUAUUUAGAGUUGGUGCCUGAAAACCUUUCAAGAGCGUUAAAAACUGCCCAGAGUGCUAAGGCAGUGAAGAUGAAGUUGACGAACAAACACUACCCCUGUCUCAGAGUUGCUGUGGAGCUACCAUCCUUAUCGAGCAGCAGUAGGAUUGUGACACAUGACAUUCCUGUGGGGGUUAUUCCCAGAAGACUAUGGAACGACUUCAGAGAGCCCAGUGUGCCAGACUUUGAUGUCAGUAUUUACCUACCAGUGCUGAAAACAAUGAAGAGUGUUGUGGAGAGAAUGAAGAAUCUCAGCAAUUCCAUUGUGAUUGAGGCAAACUUGAGUGGAGAAAUGAAUUUGAAAAUAGAAACUGAUUUAGUGUCUGUAACAACACAUUUUAAAGACUUGGGAAAUCCUCCCUGGGCAUCAGAGGAUGGGUGUCCAAGUUCUGCUCCAGACAGAGAUUUGGAAAGUAUGGCUGAGGCACGCAUAGAUAUCAGGAAGCUGCAGCAGCUGCUUGCUGGACAGCAGGUCAACCCCACAAAAGCACUGUGCAAUAUUGUAAGUAAAAGAAUCGUCCACUUCAUCUUGCUCCAUGAGGAUGUUUCACUUCAGUAUUUUAUUCCAGCACUUGCCUGA